GAGAAAUCCUUUUGCAGAGUUCUAGAAUGGAGACUGAAGGGUACCCAGAGAUACAAAGAAAUAGAGAAAUCCAGAAUGAUGAAAUAAGGUCAUCACCAAAUGAGGGGAUGGCUGAGGAGCCAGAAGUUGUCCUGAUAGCACUUCCCCAGGUCCAGGUUCCACCAGAGAGCCUCGAUGAAGACUCUGAAGAAGAGCUUGAGACUGUGCCACGAGGGAGUCCUCUCAACCCGGCAGCCUCCAGGCAGAGGUUCCGGCAGUUCCGCUAUGAGGAUGCAGCUGGCCCCAGGGAUGUCCUCAGACAUCUCCAGGAGCUUGCUGGACAGUGGCUGAGACCUGAUAUUCACACAGAGGAGCAGAUUGUGGAAAUACUGGUGCAGGAGCAAUUCCAGGCCGUCCUCCCUGAGGAGCUCAGAGCUCGGGCACAGAGAUGUCAGCCUGGGGUCAGAAUCACUGGCUAAAUCCUACUGCUUGCUUCUUGCUCAGCCUACAUGUGAGAAGUAACCAAAGGCUCUCUUUGUUACAAGAUCCAACUGCAGUCAUGGGAAAUCUGAACCUCGGUUUUCUUUGAGCUUGCUUUUGACUAGCUGUAAUAAGAAUUAACCAAAACCUUUUUUUGGCUGAAGCAGCUCUAUUUCCUGGGACUGUGAACUCCAGAAUGAGUUUCCCUGCCCUCUUGUAAGGGCAGUCAGCCUGCUGCUUGUUUUUGCUCUGCUGAAUGCCUCCUUUUUUGCACUUUGUGACAUGCUUUAAUAUAUUGUUUUUAUGUAUCCAAAGAGGUGAUUGUUUCAACUUUAAUAUUCUUGAUUCUUGUUGUGGUGGCAUGAAUGGAAGCUUCUGUAACCCCACCAGUAUCUCAUUGGGGACGUCCUUGAAAUAUUAAAGUUCUGUUUUU